AUGGGUUGCCUGAACUUGACGAAUGAGACCGUCGCGCCCGCCAGGCACCCGUACACCGCCCAGACCUCGGUGCCAAUGACCCUCCUGGUGGGCGUCCUCAUCCUGCUGACCGUGUUCGGCAACGUCAUGGUCGUCAUCGCCGUGACCACCAGCCGGGCGCUGAGAGCCCCCCAGAACUUAUUUUUGCUGUCUCUGGCCUGUGCCGACAUCCUGGUGGCGACUUCGGUGAUGCCCUUCUCGCUGGCCAAUGAGCUGAUGGGUUACUGGUACUUUGGGAAAGUGUGGUGCGAGAUCUACUUGGCGUUGGAUGUGCUUUUCUGCACCUCGUCCAUCGUCCAUUUAUGUGCCAUAAGUUUGGACAGAUACUGGUCCAUCACACGGGCCGUCGAGUACAAUCUGCUGAGGACGCCGCGCAGGAUCAAGUGCACCGUCUUCGUCGUUUGGGUGCUGGCGGCCAUUAUUUCCUUCCCGCCUCUUAUCACCAUGAAGAAGGACGAGGGCAAAGAGGACCGCCCCGAGUGUAGAAUUAACGACGAGCGAUGGUACAUUAUCUUCUCCAGCACCGCUUCCUUCUUUGCGCCAUGCGCCAUUAUGGUUCUGGUCUACAUGAGGAUCUACCAGGUUGCCAAGCAGAGAACUCGAACCUUACCAGGUGAAAAGUCACGAGAAAACGGAAACCCGGAAGAUCCAAAGAAAUUAAGAAGAGAUAAUGGGAAGUCCACGCAGGUCAACGGAGACGAGGAAGUAGACGAAGAACAGUCCUCAUCCGACGCUAACGAAGUAGCCUUGUGCUCCCUGAAAAAGAAACGCCCGGCUCGGAAGUGGAAGCCCGAAACGGACGCCGCUCCCAAGUCGGAGGCGAGCAAAUGGAAGGGCAGGCAACGUCGAGAGAGGCGCUUGACGUUGGUGCUGGCCGUGGUGGUGGGAGUGUUCGUCCUUUGCUGGUUCCCCUUCUUUUUCACGUACACGCUCACCGCCGUGUGCACGUGCUGCGUGCCCGAGACGCUCUUCAAGAUGUUCUUCUGGUUGGGCUACUGCAACAGCUCCCUGAACCCCGUCAUAUACACCAUAUUUAAUCACGACUUCAGGAGGUCCUUUAAGAAGAUCCUCUGUCCAAAAGGCCAUUGA